UUGGUUAAAUAAGGGUCGAUAUCAUACUUUGCAAUAUUGGACCAAUAUUAAAAAUCAAUUCACAUCCAAUAGAUAAUAUUGGGUUGACAUGAUUUUUCAAUAUUGGACCAAUAUUGCAACUUCAAGAUUGGUUACAUAAGAGUCGAUAUCAUACUCUGCAAUAUUGGAUCAAUACUGAAAAUCAAUUCACACCCAAUAUAGAAUAUUGGGUUUACAUUAUUUCCCAAUAUUGAACCAAUAUUUUGUGCUACUAGGGUAGAUGCUUUACAUGCGGCACAACCUAUAAGUGUGUUUGCUUCAAGAGGACCAACUGAAGAAACCGUAUUAGCAGAACUUAUUGUCAAAGCAAUAAUUCUAUUAGAAAAUUCUGGAGCUAAAAUUCACGGUAUUGUAACUGAUGGUGCAGCUACAAAUAGAAAAUUUUGGAGUAUAAUAGGCAUUUCAGGGAAAAAAAACGAAUUUAAAAAUUGGUUUACACAUGUACUUGAUUCAUCGAGAAAAGUUUUUGUAUUCUCAGACACACCACAUCUUAUAAAAACAAUUCAGAAUCGAUUAUAUGUCAAGAAUCUGAAAAUGAAACUAGAAGGACUUUUGAUCUCUUGGAAACAUUUUGAAAUGUUAUAUGAAAAAGACCGUGGUAUGCCAAUCCCCAUUUGUCCUAAAAUAAUGAAACAUCAUUUGGAACUUCAUAAUUCAUCAAAAAUGCGUGUCCGUUUAGCUGUGCAGAUUUUCAGUAAUUCUGUUGCAAAAGGAUUACGCUUCUAUAGUUCAUAUCGUGAAAUAGAAGACAGUACUGCCAUUGCAGAUUUCUGUGAAUGGAUGAAUUUCAUGUUUGAUGCCUUAAAUAGAAGAGAAUAUCAAAAUGGAUUGAAAGUAGGAAAUAAAGAUUUUUUGCUCCUACAAGAAUCUCUAAAUAGGUUGGAUCAAUGGGAAAAUCUAAUGGAGGAAAGAAUUAUUACAACUAAUGAGUUCCUUACUCGGCAAACUGCAGAAGGGCUUCGUGUAACUUUAAGAUCCAUGAUAGAUAUUACGCUAUAUUUAACUAGCAAAUUUAACUUUUCUUGUAUUGUCAGGAAACAUAAAUCAAGAUGCUCUCGAGGUGUGUUUCAUACCGGAAAUCAAUUGUAUCAGAAAAAAGACAUAAUUUUUGUGAAAUAAUAAUUGUAUUCUCACUAGGGCAUCAUUCUUAAAAAGAUUUCAUUUAGAAAACAUAUUUAAAUAAUGGUUCCUGCAUA